GAUUUUAUUCAUGUGGAUGAGUCAAAUAUGAGUCAUCAUUCAACUGAAAUCUCAUAACCAACUUCCAUGCCUUUAUAAAUUCUUCACCACCCCAUAUAAAGUAUAUGUAUCUUCCCAACUGCCCACUCCAAGAACAAGUCCUUUGUUCAUACUUCAUUCCGAUAAUAACUAAUCCUACGCGACCACUGAAUUAAUUUGUCGAAGAUGAAGAAUCUCAUGAAGACUGUUGAAAGUUUCACUGGAUUUCCCAUCAGCUCAAAUAGGCUUUUGCUUGAUCAUCAUGUGGGAUCAUUGAAGUUCAAUCAGAUAGUAAUAAAUAGAAAGAAAAGACCAACUGAAAGAGCAGCUCAUGCAGUAAAUAGCAUUCUAGACCAUGUAAAAUUAGGAUCCAAUAUAAGUGCAAUAGUAAAAGGGAAGUUAAGCUUAGGAGCCAAAAUUGUUCAAAAUGGUGGAGUGGGGAAAGUCUUCAAGCAUAAGUUUAAUGUUGAAAAUGGGGAGAAAAUCUUAAAGGCUUCUCAGUGUUAUAUCUCCACAACAGCUGGUCCUAUAGCUGGUCUUCUCUUUAUCACAACCAACAGAAUUUCCUUCUGUAGUGAAAGAUCAAUCAAAUUUAAGUCUCCAAAUGGAAUGUCAGCCAGAGCCCAUUACAAGGUAUCAAUACCUCUAGGAAAGAUAAAGGGCACGAUUGUGAGUCAAAACAAGGAGAAACCAUCGCAGAAGUAUAUCGAACUUGCUACUGUAGAUAACUGUGAUUUCUGGUUUAUGGGAUUUCUCAAUUAUCAGAAGACCUACAUUAGCAUUCUAAAAGCUGUAUCUUUACCUCAUUUCUUUCAACUCACUCAAUAGUCAUUAGAAGAUCAUCAAUUUUCUUCUUCUCUAGAGGAUUAUAUAUUGUGUAGUACCAAGAAUUUUUUAGUAUCUUCUUUGUAAAUGGCUAUCAUUAACUAAUGAUAAGCAUUCUAAGGACAAAUUUAUACCAAUA